AUCCCCGAUCGGAAGAGCGAAUUGUCCGCCAGUGCCGCUCAGCUUAAAUUGGGCCGGGGCUGAAGUUUCUCCCCCAGUUCGGCUCCUCCAUCCCCGGCGUUUUUCCUCCCCUGCCCCGACCGCCUCCAGCGUCCGGAGGGUGAUGACGCUUCAGUAGGUUUCCCAGCCCUCGCUUUGCUUUCCCUCCAGGGAAGGUCGUUCCGUGCACGAUCCUGCUGAGGAAAGACACUCCGAUGGACUUACACCGGGCCGCCUUCAAGAUGGAGAACUCGCCCUACCUCCCCAACCCGCUGGCCUCCCCGGCGCUGAUGGUCCUCGCCUCCACCGCCGAAGCCAGCCGCGACGCCUCCAUCCCGUGCCAACAGCCGAGGCCUUUCGGGGUCCCGGUCUCAGCAGACAAGGACGUGCACAUCCCCUUUACCAAUGGCUCCUACACCUUUGCCUCCAUGUACCACCGGCAAGGCGGGGUGCCGGGCGCCUUUGCCAACCGUGACUUUCCUCCCUCUUUGCUUCACCUCCACCCCCAGUUUGCGCCCCCCAACCUGGACUGCACCCCGAUCAGCAUGCUGAACCACAGCGGGGUCGGGGCCUUCCGCCCCUUCGCCUCCAGCGAGGACCGGGAGAGCUACCAGUCGGCCUUCACGCCGGCCAAGCGCCUGAAGAACUGCCAUGACACCGACUCGCCCCACCUGCGCUUCUCGGACGCCGACGGGAAGGAGUACGAGUUUGGCACCCAGCUCCCCUCCAGCUCCCCUGGCUCGCUCAAGGUUGACGAGACGGGGAAGAAGAUCUUUGCAGUUUCGGGCCUCAUUUCUGACCGGGAGACUUCGUCCAGUCCUGAAGACCGAAGUGACAGAUAUAGAAGCGACAGCCAAAGAGGGCCCCAGGCGUCUGCAACUGCCACUCAUCGUAUGAUUUUAACUCUCCCCCUCUGCAAAAAGAAAGCGACGCUGUUUGACAGCCAGGCUCCCAUCUGCCCCAUCUGCCAGGUCCUUCUGCGCCCCGGAGAGCUGCAGGAGCACAUGGAACAGGAGCUGGAGAAGCUCACCCAGCUGAACAUCAGUAAGAACUCCAUCCUGAAGGAUGCCAUGGCAGCGGGCACCCCCAAGUCAAUUUUGUUGUCGGCCUCAAUCAAGCGGGAAGGAGAUUCUCCGACAGCAUCACCCCACUCCUCGGAUGACAUCCAUCACUCAGACAGAUACCAGACCUUCCUGCGGGUGCGAGCGAACCGGCAGACCCGGCUGAACGCUCGGAUUGGAAAAAUGAAACGGAGGAAGCAAGACGAAGGGCAGGUAUGUCCCCUCUGCAACCGACCUCUGUCAGGAUCCGAGGAGGAGAUGAGUAGGCAUGUGGAACAAUGCCUUGCAAAGAGAGAAGGUUCGUGCAUGACCGAGGAUGACUCUGUGGACAUCGAGAACGAGAAUGGCAACCGCUUUGAAGAAUACGAAUGGUGUGGGCAGAAGAGGAUACGGGCCACUACUCUCCUGGAGGGAGGAUUUCGAGGUUCUGGGUUUAUCAUGUGCAGCGGCAAAGAGAAUCCAGACAGCGACGCUGACCUGGAUGUGGAUGGGGACGACACACUUGAAUACGGGAAACCACAGUACACAGAGGCAGACGUUAUCCCUUGCACUGGAGAAGAGCCAGGUGAAGCCAAAGAGAGGGAGGCGCUCCGCGGUGCUGUUUUAAAUGGUGGCACACCCAGUACUCGAAUAACGCCGGAGUUUUCUAAAUGGGCCAGCGACGAAAUGCCCUCAACGAGUAAUGGUGAAAGCAGUAAACAGGAAACCAUGCAGAAGACCUGUAAGAACAGUGACAUUGAAAAAAUUACAGAAGACUCUGCAGUGACAACGUUUGAAGCGUUAAAGGCUCGUGUCCGUGAGUUAGAAAGGCAGCUUUCCCGUGGGGACCGCUAUAAAUGUCUCAUUUGCAUGGACUCCUACACAAUGCCCCUGACUUCCAUUCAGUGCUGGCAUGUGCACUGUGAAGAAUGCUGGCUGCGGACUCUGGGUGCCAAGAAGCUCUGUCCCCAGUGCAACACCAUCACGUCCCCCGGAGACCUUCGGCGCAUUUACUUAUGAAGGACGCAGCGGGAGGGCGGCACCCGGCUCUCGGCCCAGCUCAGCGCACCGACGGGGAGAAGGACGACAACAAAAAAUAAAAAUCGGGGAGGAAAAAAAAAAAAAAAGGAAGGAAAAAAAAAAAAAAACAACAGCAGCAAAAAAGACGUUUUAAAAACGUUAACGAAACUAAAACAGAGACUCCAGACACGGACUCGAGGCCGCGGGAGCAGCGAGAGCCCCGGCUCCCACCUGCAGAGCCCCUCUGCAGCGGGCGAAGCCGACCCCGUUGUUGUGCAGCCCCUUUUUUACAGCAGUGUUCCCCACCCGCCACGGCUCGGAGCCCUCCUCCUUCGGACUGCGUUGUGACCGCUCUGCCCCAGGACGCUGGGGAAGGGACCCUUGGCAGCAAUGUUAAAUAACCUUGUAACUUGUGUCCUUUUGUUCAGUUUUCGUUGGGUUGGUUUUUUGGGUUUGGUUCUGUUUCGUUUGGGUUUGGUUUUUUUUUUUUUUUAAUUGGUUUACUUUUUUUUUUGUGGUGUUCUAGUGAUUAAAAAAAAAAAAAAAGGUUUAAAGGAAAAAAAAAAAAAACCCACACCCAGGCAGAAAUGAAGCACAUGUAAUAUAGAUUAUAUAUGUUUACAAUGUUGUGUAUAAAUGGGAUAGACUCAAACAUUGCAUACUAAUAAGUUUCCCUUUCUUUUUUUUUUUGGGUUGUAUUUUUUUUAAAGAAGAAGAAAAAAAAAGAAAUGAGCAGAGAACAUUAAACCCAUAUUUUUCUUGGUUCAGCAAAGUUUUGGCAUUAAAGUCAUUAGUUUAAAAAAAGUAUAUAUAUACAUAUAUAUAAUAUAAAUGGUUUAAUGUUCUGUGGUGUAUAUUUCCUCAUUCAGAUAUGAAGUUAACAGCUUUUAGUAAUGGCUGUAGCAUUGCCCAUAACUUACAGAACUUAUGGGGAGUAGAGGAGGUGGAUUUUUGUCAUUAGUUGUAGCUAAUGGGGCUAUUUAUAAUAGAAUCGUUAUCCCCAGAACGACGCUGCUCUCAGCUCCCCGCCGGGGGCCGGGCAGGGUGGGGGGCCCAGGCUCCAGCGCACCUCCCCCUGCCCCAGGCUCCAGCGCACCCCUCCCUCCCCCCCAGGACACAGGGUUGGCUGGGCUUGGCUUUGCUCUCCUCUCCUCCAAGUCACGUUUUCAGGCUGGAGCUGCGCCCCGUGCAGCGGGGCAGGGCUGUGCCAGCCUGAGGUGGUGGGUCCCACAGCACCAGCUUCUUCCACACCGUCCCUCGUGCUUGUCCCUAUCGCCUGUACCCUCAGCCGUAACCAAAGCUGCCAUCUGGCCUCUCUUCUGUUGUUUCUUUUCAUUUUCAGGACCCAAAAAGCAGCUGUUGAUCGGUUUCCUAAGGUGAAAGCGUGCUCCCUGCCUUGGCUCUCCCCUCACCGUGGGAUCUGCUGGGGGCCAGCUCCCCCCUGGGGACGCUGCUCUCCCCAUUCCUGCAGCAUCACCCCGGGCAGCCCUGUGCUGGCUGCACAGCCGUGCACUCUUGGUGCUGGGCGUGAAGCUGGGAAAGGGGAGCCGGGACACCGUGGGGGCACUGGAGGAGCAGGCACGGCUUGGGCACAGCGCGUCCUUGGGGGCACCUCCACCUGCGUGCCGUGAGCCUGGUGCUUUUUUUUGCAGGGCUGUUUUCCUCAGUGCCUCCUGAAGUGGUUUCAGAAGGAUCCCGCUGCAUCCCCCCAAACCAGGAUCUGUGUUCUGUAAACCGUCUUGGUCAAAGACGGCACCCAACUGACGGUGUCCGGCUCUCUGUGCUCUCAGCAGCCUUUGCCGUGGGGGAUUUGCAGCCUUCCCUUGCUAGAGGAGGUGAGGGGGGGACUUGCUUUCCUGGGAGGCACCGAGGGCUGGGGCUUGGGGGAUUCCAACGGAGAACAACCGAGCUGGGGUGCAGUGGGCUGCAGGGCAGGCUCCCCUAUCCCAGCCCUUCCUUGGAGCCGGGGUUCCUGGUGGGUGUUGCGGACCAGCUCUGUGCGCCGGUGUGUAGAACGUAACCCGUCCUUGUUCCUUUGUUUUGGUUCUGUUCUGUUUGCUUUGGUUCUUUCGGUUUUAUAUUUUUAUUGUAAAGCCAUCCCCUGUUUUUGAGGUGGGGGGGUGAGGGGGGAGGAAGGGGGGGGGCACCGCCUCUCCUGUAACGAUUUUAAUCCAUUUAAAAAGAAGAAGAAAAAAAAAAAAGAAAAAGGAAAAAAAAAAAUAAACAGAUCAGAGUUACCUAUCUCUGCCCAAAGAACCCAGUUGCACAAAGCGAUAUUGCGGUGUGUCGAUGAUUGUGUGUCGGUGUAUAUUAUACAAAGAGGUACUUGUCACUCCCGUUUGUAAACUACAUUUGACAUUAAUUAAACACGUAUAAAUCUUC